GGAGGUUCCGAUGUACACUGCGGCAGUAAGAUGCCAUGCAUGCCCUCUUUGCCACCAGCCUGUGGCAGCCCCAGUAUUACACCAUGGCAGGAGCUGGAAGGCCUGUAGCCAUCAUCUGAGCCAAAUGUCAAAGACUUUCAAGUACUACGCGCCACGCCACACUUUGACCCACCAUCUCAUUUAGUCAUCACAACAAUUGGGUGAAAUAGGUAUGACUGUCUCAUUUUACAGAUGCAGAAUAUGAGCUUCAGGGAAGGUAAGAGGACCUUGUCCCAGGGGCCACCGUUAGUAAGUGGUGGACCCAGAAUCCCAACUCAGCGCUGUCUGACCUUAAAACCCAUGAUUUGAAACCAUCAUGAAAGUUUGCAAAACCUCUGUAGCAGCCCAGCAGGAUGGAAAGGUGUGUAGGGAUCAUCUCAAUUUGAUAGAUGAAACAAGAGCUGGGUACUCUGAUCUCCAUCCCAGGCACACAGAGCUUGGGACCCCACAGCCCUGGUGCAAAUCCCACUCCACCACCAGAGGAGCUGUGCCUCUGGACCAAGCAUCUUGCUUCUCUGACCGUAUAUACGGCUGCAGAAGAAUUCCUUGCCCAUAAACUGCUGCCCAGCACACAGUAGACAUGCAGGAGCCAUCGUUCUCAAGCUGAACUUUUCCUGAGAACAUGGAUCUUGUAUUUGUUUAGUGCUUUGUUCUCCUUGAGGCAGCGACGUGGUGACGCCUGACCUGAGCAUGUAGCCACCUAUGACUUCCUGAGUGGGGUGAUCGGGGAGGGCCCUGAGGAGUCUGUGGUCCUAAGGCCUUGGAUUUCAACGGAGAGUCAUGGUGUCACCGUGACUGUUCAGAAUGCCAUGAGGUGUUGGGUCAUCAGAGGCCUUCCUGCUCCUUCUGGUUACCUCAGUCCCAGGAGAGAUAGGGUCCCAGAAUUUUAGAGCUCAGAGGCCACCUGUUGCAACUUCUUUUUUACAGAAUGGGUCAUCCAAACCCACAGUGAGGAAGUGACUUCUUGAGGUUACCCAGAUGCUCUGAACAGAGCAGAGUGAAAGCGCCUAGAACUUAAACUUUUGGACCUGCCUCCAACACCCUGGGGAUUUCCACUAGGAAGCCUUCAGUCACCAUCCAGGGGAUUUUUAUCACCACAAAGGGUAAUUCCUGCUCCAUCCCUGCUGUGACUCAGCUAUGACGUUGAACCACACAAGCCAGAGAGAAGAAGAUAAAGUCAUCAGACUCCUACUCACCAGAGAGUGAAGCCCAGGGCAGGACUCCACAGAGCUGGUCCCCUGCCCUGGAGGAACUUAGACAGGCCCUCUGGCCAGCCUGGAAUCCUGAGAUGGCCUCCAGCUCAGGCAGCAGCCCCCGCCCGGCCCCUGAUGAGAAUGAGUUUCCCUUUGGGUGCCCUCCCACCGUCUGCCAGGACCCAAAGGAACCCAGGGCUCUCUGCUGCACAGCCUGUCUCUCUGAGAACCUGAGGAAUGGCGAGGAUCGGAUCUGCCCCAAAUGCAGAGGGGAAGGCCUCCAGUCUGUAAGCCCAGGAAGCUGUCUUCGAACUCAGGAGAAGGCUCACCCAGAGGUGGCUGAGGUUGGAGUUGGGUGCCCCUUUGCAGGUGUCGGCUGCUCCUUCAAGGGGAGCCCGCAGUCCAUGCAAGAGCAUGAGGUCACCUACCAGACCUCCCACCUAAACCUGCUGUUGGGGUUUAUGAAACAGUGGAAGGCCCGGCUGAGCUCUGGCCUGGAGUCUGGGCCCAUGGCCCUGGAGCAGAACCUGUCAGACCUGCAGCUGCAGGCGGCUGUGGAAGUGGCGGGGGACCUGGAGGUAGACUGCUACCGGGCACCCUGCUCCGAGAGCCAGGAGGAGCUGGCCCUGCAGCACUUCAUGAAGGAGAAGCUUCUGGCUGAGCUGGAGGGGAAGCUGCGUGUGUUUGAGAACAUUGUUGCUGUCCUCAACAAGGAGGUGGAGGCUUCCCACCUGGCCCUGGCCACCUCCAUCCACCAGAGCCAGCUGGACCGUGAGCGCAUUGUGAACUUGGAGCAGAGGGUGGUGGAGCUGCAGCGGACCCUGGCCCAGAAAGACCAGGCCCUGGGCAAGCUGGAGCAGAGCUUGCGCCUCAUGGAGGAAGCCUCCUUUGAUGGCACCUUCCUGUGGAAGAUCACCAACGUCACCAGGCGGUGCCAAGAGUCAGCCUGUGGCAAGACUGUCAGCCUUUUCUCCCCAGCAUUCUACACUGCCAAGUAUGGCUACAAGCUGUGCCUACGGCUAUACCUGAAUGGAGAUGGCACUGGAAAGAGGACCCACCUGUCACUCUUCAUUGUGAUCAUGAGAGGGGAGUAUGAUGCGCUGCUGCCGUGGCCUUUCCGGAACAAGGUCACCUUCAUGCUGCUGGACCAGAACAAUCGUGAGCACGCCAUCGAUGCCUUCCGGCCUGACCUGAGCUCAGCGUCCUUCCAGAGGCCCCAGAGUGAAACCAACGUGGCCAGUGGCUGUCCACUCUUCUUCCCCCUCAGCAAGCUGCAGUCACCCAAGCACGCCUACGUGAGGGACGACACCAUGUUCCUCAAGUGCAUUGUGGAGACCAGCACUUAGGGUGGGCGGGGCUCCUGAGGGAGCUCCAACUCAGAUGGGAGCUAGUGAGAGGACUGUGAUGCCCUGCCCUUGGCGCCCAAGACCCCAGAGCACCAGGAUGGGCAAAGACUAGCACUAUCCGAGCAAGACUGAGGGGUCGACUAUUGGCUGGCUAUCUGGUUAGGAUGGCAGGAUGUAGGCUGGUCCCACAAAGGCAAAGGGUCAGAAGGAGACAGGCAGAGCUGCUCCCCGCUCUGCACUGACCCUGUAACACCAGGAGGCCAGGGGGCCACUCCAGCCCCAAAUGUCAAGGUGGACUAUCACCAAGAUGGGAAGAAAAUGGAACCAGGCCUGGAACUGUGGGACUUAAGCAGAGAAGCUCUCGGGCUAGGAAGUUCUCUGCAGGGCCACCAGGGAGACCUGGACACAGGCCUGCCCUCCUCCUGUCCAGGGUCAGAAACAGGACUGGGUGAAAGGGAUGGGGGGGCCGUGUGAAUGCAGUCUGUCCAGGCCUGAACUGAGUUCCCUGUCACUGGAGGUGAACAAGCAAAUCCAGAGGGCUCCAGUGGGACUUCAAAUUGAGGGUUGGAAUUGAAGACUUUUAAAGUUCCUUCCAGCCCAGAAAGUCUGUAAUUCUAGGCCUCCUGGCUCAGGUGAGUCCUAGAGUUACAGGGGGUUCUGGAAACAUUCAGGAGCUUUCUGCCCUCCCAGCUCCUCACUCAUCUUCAAUAACCCCUGCUGGACUAGCCUGGCCUGCAGGGCACCUGCCACCCUGGGCCUGGCAGCUCAGCUUCCCCAACACGCAGGAGCACACACAGCCCCCUCGUCCUGUGCCUCCACCAGCCAAACACCACUUCACUUCCUGCAGGUGAAACCCGGUCACUGUGAGCUCCCAGGUGCCUUGAGAAGGAGAGGGGCGUAAACCUUGCUCUUCCUGCCUGGAGGCCUCACCUCUGGUGCUUUCCAGAGUCCCACAUCACUUGAUUAACUGAGGCAGCCACUUCUCUUAGCAGACUGAUCAGGACCUCCAAGCCACUGAGCAACGUAUAACACCAAAAACAAUUUUUGGAAUCUCUUUUGAAGUUUUCCUAAA